AUGGAGAGAGUCAGGCUCACGCCGUUCCCGCCAAGGGAGCAGGCCACGACCAGGCUAUGCAAGGUGUCGAGCUUUGCUACAGAAUUGCUCGAGAUAAGGUCCAAGGAGCCGUCCCUCCACGUGCUGCUUAUUCCUGGGAAUCCAGGCAUAGCUGCGUUUUAUAAGGACUUUGUCGAAGCGCUCUAUGAAAACCUCGGUGGCCAAGCAUCUGUUACAGCAAUAGGGCACAUUUCACAUAGCCAGAAGGACUGUGAGCAUGGACGAUUGUUUUCAUUGUAUGAACAAAUUGACCACAAGGUUGAUUUCAUUGAGCAAGAGCUUCAGCAUUCUGAACAACCAAUAGUUUUGGUUGGUCAUUCAAUUGGCGCAUACAUAGGCCUGGAAGUCUUCAAAAGAUUUCAGAAUAAGAUAAUUUUUUUUGUAGGACUGUAUCCAUUUUUAAAGAUGAACAAGAGUUCUGUAACACAAUCAACAAUUGGAUAUAUCGCAAGGUCAUCACUCCUAAGUAAAUUGGUUAGUUUAUCUGCAUCUUUCAUCGGGUCACUCCGACCUUCAAUUACAAGGGGCAUUGUGAGAAGGUCCCUUGGACCUUCAUGGUCUGUAACAGCUGUUGAUGCUGUACGCUGCCAUCUCUUAAGGCUUACUGAAGAACCAGACUGGACUUUCAUCAGAGCACAAGAGGAGAAAAUGGCCUUUUUGUUUGGUGUGGAUGAUCACUGGGGUCCACUAUCUCACUUAGAAGAGGUGAAGUGA